AUGUCGGGCACCAAGGCCUUGCUUAAGGGCAUCAAUGAAGCCAUCAAAAAGCAGAAAUGGAAAGAAGCUGUCACAGCCGCAGAGGAGGUCUUCCAAAAAGAUGCCAAAAACUACCAGGCACACAUCUUUCUCGCCUUUGCCCUAGACAAGCUAGACCAGCUGGAAGAGGCUGAAAAGACCUACACCGCAGCGACAGGAUUAAAACCCAACGACCCGCAAGCAUGGCAAGGACUCAUCAAGCUAUUCCAACGCCAGGGCGGCGUAAAGCUAAAGCCAUACCAGCACGCGGCCCUCAAACUAGCCGAGAUCUUCCGGGACGCCGAGGAGAUGUACAAGUGCCAGGACGUCGUGGAUAAGUUCAUCGACCACGCACGAACCCACGGCGAGCGAGCCCAGCUGGUGGACGCACUAGACCUCAUCCUCCCCGGCAGCCCGAUCUACCCGGCGCUAGAGGGCCGCGUGCCGCAUCCGGCCAAAACGUACGAGACACAGGCGCAGAUUGUCGAGACGGACGAGAAGAAGCGGAUCAACACGCUGAUUGGGGAGCGACGCACACGGAUCGGUGCGCGGGUUAGUGAGGUGACGCUUGAGGUGAAGCGGGAGGUGUACAGCCAGAGUCGGCUGGGGUAUGUGUACGGUCAGUUGAUCGACUGGGCCACGGAUGACGAUGUUCGUCGGACGUAUGAGGAGAAGCUGUUGCAGUAUUGCUAUGACCGGUUGGUGGCGUGGCCGCCUGGGGAGCAGAAGCAGCGGGAAGUGGGGAUUGUGCAGAAGCUGGCGAACGAUAUGGUGAUUAUUCGGCAUCCGUUCAAGUUUGCGUGGGAUAUUGCCAUCAACUGGCAGGACCACAAGGAGAUUCAGGCGUGGGACGUCACGGUGCUCAGGCAAUACUGCAGCUUCUUCCCGGAUAGUGAUCUCAACCGGGUCAUUAUGGGGUUUCUCACGAGCGACAUCUCGCCGUUCCCCAAGGAGGCAUCAUCAUCAGCAUCACAGCAACAAGACGGGACGUCGGGCGAUGCAGCAGCGGAAAGCGAGGACGAGAGCGAAGACGAUGAGGCAGGCGGCGCACCAACGACGUAUGUCCCGCUAACGGAGGAGGACAGGCUACUGAUGAUUAUGGAAGGCGUCAGCAGCGUCGACUCGUUGUUUGCGUUGCGACUAGCGGCGGAGUACUACCAACACAUUGAAGACCACGAGACAAACGUCGAGCUGAUGCGCAAGGCGCUCGAGCACCUCAAGGCGGAGCGGUCCCGGACGGGGUUGCCGUUUCAGAACACGGAGGAUGCAUUCUCCCUGUACUUGGGCACAGCGCUGGUGUUUUACCAGUCGCCGCGCCAUCACCAGGAAGCCAAGAGCCUGUUUGACGGCGUGCUGGCGCACGACGCUUCCUCGACGGGCGCCAUGAUUGGCGUGGGGCUGAUCUACGAGGAAGAGGAGGACUACACGGAAGCGGUGGACUUUUUGGAGCGGGCCCUGCAGCGCGACCCAGACAACCUCCGGGUGAGGACAGAGGCGGCGUGGGUCAAGGCGCUGAAGGGGGACUUUGUGACGAGCCGGGCCGAGCUGGAAGCGUGUCUCCCGCUGCUGACAAAAAAGGGUCAGACCAACAAGGAACUCCUCGCGCAGACGCAGUACCGUGUCGGCUAUUGUAUCUGGAACAUCGAUACCUCCAAGUCGGCACGGAAGAGUCGCUCGGGGGCAUAUGCCUACUUCCUCGAUGCGCUGAAGAGCAACCUCAACUAUGCACCGGCGUACACGAUCCUGGGCAAGUUCUACGCCGACUACGCACGCGACAAGAAGCGAGCACGACGGUGUUUUCAAAAGGCUGUCGAGCUGUCCCCCUCGGAGGUCGAGUCGGCCGAACGCCUGGCGCGGUCCUUUGCUGACGACGGCGACUGGGACCGGGUCGAGCUGGUCGCGCAGCGGGUGGUCGACUCGGGGAAGGUGAAGCCCCCGCCUGGGUCGAAGCGCAAGGGCAUCAGCUGGCCGUUUGCGGCGCUGGGCGUGGCAGAGCUCAACAAGCAGGACUACCGCAAGGCGAUCGUGUCGUUCCAGGCGGCGCUGCGGAUUGCGCCGGAGGAUUACCACGCGUGGGUCGGGCUGGGCGAGAGCUACCACGGGUCUGGGCGGUAUAUCGCGGCGACCAAGGCGCUGUUGCAUGCGCAGAAGCUGGAGGAGACGGCCACGGUGAACGGGAAUGCGCCAGCCGAGACGUGGUUCUCGCGGCUUAUCCUGGCGGAUGUCUACCGGGAACUGGGGAACUUUGACGAGGCUAUUACGCUGUACCGCGAAGUGGUCGCCAACCGCGCCGACGAGGCGGGCGUGGCUAUAUCUCUGAUGCAGGCUACGGUGGAGAGCGCCCUAGACAGUCUGGACAAGGGGUUCUUCGGGAAAGCAGUUGACUUGGCCGUGGAGACGCUGGCCUUUGCGUUGCAGGCUCCUGAGGAGAUUAAGGCGACGUUUAACUUUUGGAAGGCGGUGGGGGAUGCUUGUUCCUUGUUUUCGAGCGUCCAGGGGCGGCUCUCGCAGUUUCCGAUGGAGAAUGUGGAGCAGCUGCUGGGAGUGAACGAGUCGGGUCUCGUCACGGUUGCUGCAGUGGAUGGGGUCAACGGGACCACCACAGACGAGAGCACUACAGUUGUCGACCACGACCUGGCAAAGGCCGUCCACGCGACCAUCCUAGCACAUAAACGGGCCAUCCAAGUAUCGGCCCAUGACGUCCACGCGCAGGCGGUGGCCUACUACAACCUGGGAUGGGCCGAGCACCGCGCGCACAUGUGUCUGCCGGGCCAGCGGCUGCGGAAGAAGGCAACCAGCUACCUCAAGGCGGCGAUCGCAAGCUUCAAGCGGGCGAUCGAACUGGAGGCAGGCAACGCCGAGUUCUGGAACGCGCUCGGGGUCGUCACGGGCGCCGUCAACCCAGCCGUAGCGCAACACGCCUUUGUCCGCAGCCUACACCUGGACGAGAGCGGCGCGCACGCCUGGACCAACCUGGGCACGCUAGCCCUCGCGCAGGGCGACAUCCCGCUGGCCAACGACGCCUUUACGAAAGCGCAGUCGGCGGAUCCGGACUACGCCCACGCCUGGCUCGGCCAGGGGCUGGUAGCGCUCUUGCUGGGCGACGCGAAGGAGGCUCGCAACUUGUUCACGCACGCCAUGGACAUCGCCGAGAGCUCGUCACUCGCCAGCCGCCGGCAUUUUGCGGUGUCCAUGUUCGACCAUAUCCUGGAAGCCCCCUCACAGGGUUCUUCAACCGUCUUACCCGCGACGGCCCUGAUCCAACCCCUAUUAGCCCUCAGCCAGCUGCAGGGUCUCAACCCGCGGGAACUCGCCUACGGCCACCUGUCAGCGCUAUUCCAGGAGCGCAACGGCGAGCACGAUCGGGCGGUGCGCACGCUGGAGACGGUGUGUGUGGCUGUUGAAGCCGAGUACGAGGUCACCGAGUCGGCUGAGUCGCUGAAACGAUUCGCCAUUGCUAAAGCCGAUCUCGCGCGGGCACAUCUCGCUGUCGGCGCCAACGAAGAGGCCCUGGAAGCGGCUGAGUUAGCCAUCCAACUCAGCACCGUCGACGACGACGAACCAAACACCAACGGCGACAGUAAUGGGGGAGGGGGUGAGCUCACAGCGGAAGAACGCACGCGCGUCCGUCUCGGCGCCCACGUAACCAUGGGCCUAGCACGCUACUUCACCCACCGUGUCGACGACGCAGUCAGCUGUUUCGACCUGGCCCUCGCCGAGUCCCAAUCCGACCCAGACGUCGUCUGCGUACUAGCCCAAGUCCUCUGGGCCACGGGCCACGAAUCGGCGCGGGAACGUGCCCGCGAGGUGUUGUUUGAUGUCAUCGAGCGUGUGCCGCAUCAUGUGCCGGCUGUGUUGUUGUUGGGUGUGGUUGCGUUGUUGGAUGAGGAUGCGGAGAGUUUGGAGGCGGUUGUUGCGGAGUUGCAGACUUUGAGGGGGAGUGAUGAGGGGGUGUCGGCUGCGGAGCAGACGCGGUUGGGGGAGGUGUUACGGGGGAUUGCGGGGUUGGGAGUGGUCGACGGGGUCGACGGCGCAGAUGCGGAUGCCAUGGCGAAAGCGAAAGCGGACCAGGCCCGGGCGGAUAUCAUGUUCCACCCUUAUCUACCGCACGGCUGGUCUGGAUUACAGGGACUGGGCAGCAGCAGCACCAAGGGGGGUCAGGAAGAGGAAGAGAGAUGUGCAGCGGAGAUGGCGUUGCGGGUGGCGCUGAAGGGCGUUGCGCCGAGGGGGGAUCUUGGGGCGGAGGAGUUGGCACGGGCGUAUGCGGGGACGGGACGGGCGAUGGAUGCGCAGAGGGCGGUUAUGGUGGCGCCGUGGGAGACGGCGGGGUGGAGGGCUUUGGGGGGGGUUGUGAGGGGGUAG